AAGAAUUAUAAUAUUGCCCCGUUAUUUUAAAAAAAAUUGUCAAAUUUAAAAUAUAGCACAUGCGACAAACAUGUAUCGUAGUACAAUCUAACAUCUAAUUUUAGAAUUCGUCACAGUUCAUUCGUCUCUUGUAUCAACGACAACGUACAAUUGUUAAAGUAAUACUUUAUGUUAUUAAAUAAUUAGUCAGACUUUAAUAAAUCAUGUCUAUUAUUGAAAGGUAUUCAAAAUUUGACCAAUUUUUUAAGACCGCUUACGAUGCUGCAAUUGCAGAACCGUAUGCGAAACGUUUCAAAGAAGCAUCUGCGAAUGCAAAUAGAGAAGAAAUGAUAAAGAUUCUUAUAGACAUACCGUGCGUAAAAAAUCUAAAAAUUUUCAAAUCAUACAUGGGUAAGGAUGAUGUUAAGGCAGAAAAAUUAUAUAAGAAAAGUCGUGAAACGGUUAUAAAGGAUGGAGUUGUGCACGAAGAAGAAAAUAGAAUUAGUAUCCUUACUGAAACACUGUUUACAGCCAGUGUAACUAGUAGAUUGUUCCUGGAUGCGCUUUUAGAUUGCGCACAAUACUGGUAUAAUUCGAAUGCUUUUGCAAAAUGCUUAAAAUAUUGUGAAUGCAUGCUUGCUCUUCCUGCAAACUUUUAUGAUAGAACGAUUGAAAGUAUGAACGAUUUUUUGGAGCAUAGAAAAGCAUGCGUCGAUUUAGAAUAUAAAUGCUCUGAAAAGUUGAAAGUCUCGUCUUCUCAGGGCAAGAAACAGCGUAGGAAAUGCAACACAAAUCAAUGCGUGUCUUUGGAAAACGCAUCGUCUGCAAACCGUGUGACAGCGAUACCUUCCAUUGACGGAAAACAGCAUGCUAUGCUUGAAAGUUGUUCAGAUGCAGUGACUCUACAAUUUGACGAGAAACGUGGUCGACACCUCGUAGCGACCAGAAACAUUAAAGCAGGAUACAUUCUUAUCGUAGAAUCACCGUUUGCUUUCAGCACGAACAACGAGGCAUUCGACAGAAAUUGUUUAAAUUGUCAUGUUACUCUCAAGUUGAACGAUAGCGUUAAAAUUCCUUGCUACUUUUGUCGAACAGUGUCUUUCUGUUCAGAAAAGUGUCGCAACGAAGCAUGGAAAUUGUACCAUCGAUACGAGUGUUCUAUAUUCGACAUUUUCUGCGGCAACGAUUCUGAACAACCGCAACGGCAAUCUUCGUACCUGCUUUUAGCUUAUAGAAUGACAAUCGCAGGAUGUUUGCUUUCAAAUACUGAUAAAGUUAAUAACAUGGAUAAAACAGAAAUUCCAGUCCUAAACGAUAACUUUCUUCGGUAUCACGGAACAAACACGAAUCAAGAAUGCAGCGACUUAGGAAUAAAUGAAGUUUAUAGUCCUCGCGAUUAUCGUACUAUAUUAAAAUUAAAAACUCAUUGCGAAAAGAUAGAACCUAACAUUAAUCUGAUUCGUGCUAUCGAAGCAAUAUUUUUAACAAAGUGUUUUACUUUUGUCUUGAGUAAAAUGGACGUUGUUUGCUUAAAAGAAACCUUUAUCUCUUUGGCUGUAGCGAUGCUGCAUCAUUUACAGGCUAUUAAUUGUAAUGCUUACGAGAUCGUAGAAAAUUUAUACGAUAAAAAAGCGCACGUUUGGGAACCAAGAUACGUGGGUGGGGCAAUUUAUCCUUCUGUUAGCCUGGUAAAUCACAGUUGUUAUCCAAACGUUGUUCGUCAUUCUUAUCCAUCAGGAGUGGUAGUGGUAAGAAGUUUACGCUUUAUCGGUAAAGGAACCGAAAUUGUUGAUUGUUAUGGACCGCACUGGCUCAGCGAAGGAAGAUUACCGAGACGCGAGUACUUGUGGAAAAAGUAUCGUUUUCUGUGUGCAUGCGAAGCUUGUACACAAAAUUGGCAAUACCCAUUACCUGAAACAAUAAAUUAUAAAUGCAGGGCAUGUUUAGAAGUUACUGACAUAUUCGGUUCAAAUGAAAAGGAUACACAAAAUAUAUCAAUUAAGAAAUGCCACAAAUGUAACGGAAAAAUUGAUUGCAAGAAAAUCAAAAAUCAAUUUCGAAAAUCGGUUGAGAAAAGAUUAAACGCUAUAUCUAAAAUGUAUGAAGGCCGUUAUGAACAGGCUUUGCCUCAAUUGUUUGAGCACAUACAGUUUAUUGAGAAGUUCUUUGCUACACCCAACAUUGAAACUAUCAAAACACAACAAUGUAUCAUUCAAUGUUACAAUCAGUUUGGCUGUAUCUCUCAAUAACAAUAAG